GGGCACCACAAAUCCAUCUGGGUGAGCUUUGAGACAGCAGCGUGAGUCGUCUUCUACAGCCAGAAUGAGUAACCGUGUCUUCCUUGGGUUUUCUGUUUUGCUUAUUGCCUGCCACCUCACUAGUGCAACUAUCUUCGACCCGCUGAAUUUAAGCUGCAAAUGCGUCAGAGUCACCAGCACCUUCAUUCGUCCGGCAAAAUAUGCAAGAGUCGAGCUCUUUCCAGCCGGAGUUGCCUGCAAAAAAAUGGAAAUCAUAAUCACGCUGAAGAACAAGCAGAAAGUUUGCGUUGAUCCCGGAGCCAAAUGGGUGAACAAUUUAUUGAACAUGAUAGAAAAUGUGAAUGGACGCCAACGUUUUCCUUGAAAUGACGUUUGACGGGUCCUUGAAAAUCCAAGGCACCCGUGACCCAGCCAUCCCAAAAUGUGAAUCUUCCUGCAUUUCUGCUGUAUUGUGUCUAAUUUGUCCUGAAAUGAUUGUUAAAAGAGUGGGUUUGGACUUUUGGAAAUCUGGAAGCAAUGUGAACAUGCAAGCUGGAAUCUGAAUAGGUGUAGUGUGUGAGAAUGACAAAAUUUGUAUUUCUGUGUGAGUUAGAUCAAUAAAAAAAAAUUCUGUGGCAAAAAUAGUCCUAGUUUUGUCUCGACGUAUGUUCAUAACUGAGGCCUAAAUUUUUGUUACUAAGGGA